AUUUCAUCUUUGCCACACUUACUGGUUAUUGCCUCUCAACCUUUCCUUAGAAGAUCUUAUUUUCACUUUGUUUGUUCCACAUUUUCAAGUUGGCUUCAAGUAAAUUCACAGUCUAUAUAUUUUGAUUAAUCAAGUAAAGUUUAUAACUCCAAAUCUAAAGUACUGUCGCUGCAACUUUGCUCUUUAAGUAAAAGCGUUGACUGACUUCAUAAAUUCGAUGUCUUCAUCAUCAUCGUCAUCAACCUUCAAUUUGAAUUCUCAUCAAUGGAUCUACGACGUGUUCAUAAAUUUCAGAGGUGAAGACACCCGCAAGAGCUUGGUUUCUCAUCUGUAUGCUGCUCUAUUGAACGCGGGAAUCAACACUUUUCUUGACGAUGAAAAGCUUAAAAAGGGAUGGGAAGUAAAACCAGAAUUACUGCGAGCAAUACACGGGUCUCAAAUCUGUUUAGUUGUUUUCUCACAACACUACACUCAAUCUAGUUGGUGUCUUGUUGAACUGCUGAAAAUCAUGGAAAACCGCAGAUCUAACAAUCGCCAAGUGGUUAUACCCAUUUUUUACCAUGUUGACCCAUCCGUCGUUCGUCGUCAGGUUGGUGAUUUUGGAAAAGCUUUGGAAGCUAUUACCAAAAGAAUUAACCCACCAAAAGAGAGGCAAGAACUGUUGCGGACGUGGAAGCGUGCUCUCACUCAAGCUGCAAAUAUUUCUGGGUGGGAUUCCAGCACUUUCAGGAGUGAAAGUGAACUGGUGAAUAAAAUUGUUAAGGAAGUUCUGAAAAAGCUUGAAAGCAGCACAUUCUUGCCUUCUCCUGAAAACCCAGUUGGACUACAGUCCCGUGUGGAUCAGGUGAUUCAUUCAAUUAAAAAUCAAUCAAGCAAAGUUUCCAUGGUAGGGAUCUGGGGCAUGGGCGGGUUGGGUAAAACUACCAUAGCCAAAGGUGUCUACAAUAAAAUUCAUCACAAGUUUGUGCAUAGAAGUAACAUUGAGAAUAUUAGACAAACUUGCGAAUCAGAUAAAGGGUAUAUUCGUUUACAAAAACAACUUCUUUCAGAUCUCUUCAAAACAGAGGAAACAAUACACAACAUUACAACAGGGACAGCUAUAAUCAACAAAAGAAUCUCUGCAAAGAAAGUGCUCAUUUUACUUGAUGAUGUGACCAAAGUACAGCAGGUAAAAGCCCUAUGUGGAAAUUAUAAAUGUUUAGGUUUUGGCAGUGUGAUAAUUAUUACAACCAGGGAUGCGCACAUACUUAAGUUACUUGAAGCUCGCCCUGUCUGUACAGCAAAAGAAAUGGACGAAGAUGAGUCCCUUGAGCUUUUCAGUUGGCAUGCUUUUAAAAAUGCGACUCCAAGAGCCAAUUUCAGUGAACUCUCAAAAAAUGUAGUUAAUUACUGUGGAGGGUUGCCCCUAGCUCUUGAAAUUCUCGGAUCUCACUUAUUUGAAAGGACAAAGGAAGAAUGGAAAAGUGUGCUAUCAAAAUUAGAAAAAAUUCCCCAUGAAGAAGUGCAAGAGAAACUGAGAAUAAGCUAUGAUGGUUUGACAGAAGACACGAAAAAGGCUAUAUUUCUUGAUGUAUGUUGUUUCUUUAUCGGCAAGGACAAAGACUAUGUUACCGAGAUACUAAAUGGUUGUGGACUUUUUGCUGAUAUUGGAAUAGCUGUCCUCAUAGAGAGGAGCCUUCUAAAAGUCGAAAAGAAUAACAAGCUUGGAAUGCAUGAUUUAAUAAGAGACAUGGGAAGAGAAAUAGUUCGCGGAAGUUCAAUAAAAGAUCCAGGGGAGCGUAGUCGGUUGUGGUUUCACGAAGAUGCACAUGAUGUUUUGACAAAUAAUACGGGAACACAAAAAGUUGAGGGAUUGAUUUUGAACUUGCAAAUAAAAGGCAAAGAUAGCUUCAGUACCAAUGUUUUCCAACAGAUGCAGAACAUGAGACUUUUGCAACUUGAUUGUGUUGACCUCACUGGAGAAUUUGCACAUCUUUCCAAACAGCUGAGAUGGGUCAAUUGGCAACGAUCUACCUUCAGCUGUAUACCAAAUGACUUUCAUCAAGGAAAUCUAGUUGUUUUAGAAUUAAAAUUUAGCAAUGUUAAACAAGUUUGGAAGGAAACCAAGUUGUUGGACAAGCUAAAAAUACUCAAUCUCAGUCAUUCCAAGUACUUGAAAAGCACCCCUGACUUUUCAAAAUUACCGAAUCUAGAAAAGCUCAUUAUGAAGGAUUGUCCAAGUUUGUCCGAGGUACACCCGUCCAUAGGAGUGCUCAAGAAUAUUCUUCUGAUUAAUUUGAAGGAUUGUACAAGUCUUGGCAAUCUACCAAGGGAGAUCUAUCAGCUGAUAUCUGUGAAAACUCUUAUCCUUUUUGGUUGUUCAAAGAUCGACAAAUUGGAAGAAGAUAUAGUGCAAAUGAAAUCUUUGACGACUUUAGUUGCAGCAAAUACUGGCAUCAAACAAGCACCCUUUUCCAUAUUUAGAUCAAAAAGCAUUGUGUAUAUAUCCCUAUGCGGAUAUGAAGGAUUAUCACGUGAUGUUUUUCCUUCCCUUAUUUGGUCUUGGAUGUCACCAACAAUGAAUUCAUUGCCACAUAUUCCCCACACUGCUUUGGAUGUAGAGAGUAAUAGUUUGGUUGUGGGUUAUCAAUCAUCAAUGCGCCGUAGUUGUUCAGAACAUAGAAGUGUUAGGAUAGAAUGCCAAUCGGUGAUUCAACUCAUUCAAAAUUUCAAAAAUUUUUUUGAUGGUCUCUAUGGUGCAAAUUUUACUGAAUCAGAAUCAUUACUUGCAUCACAAAUCUCGGAUCUUUCCUUGAAAUCUCUUUUGAUUACAAUGGGAAGUUGCCACAUAGUUGUCAAUGCUCUUGGCAAUAGCUUAUCACAGGGAUUAACAACCAAUGAUUCUUUCCUUCCGGGUGACAAUUACCCCUCUUGGUUAGCCUAUACAGGUGAAGGACCAUUCGUACGAUUUGAAGUGCCCGAGGACUGUGAUGGUUGCUUGAAGGGAAUAACUUUAUAUGUUGUUUAUUCAUCCACACCUGAAAACAUGGAAACUGAAUGUCUCACCAGUGUUUUGAUAAUUAAUUACACAAAAUUCACACUCCAUAUAUACAAGCAAGAAACAGUAAUGUCCUUUAACAAUGAAGAUUGGCAGAGUGUAAUAUCAAAUUUAGCAGUUGGGGACAAUGUGGGGAUUUUUGUAGCUUUUGGGCAUGGAUUGACCGUUAAGAAGACAGUUGUCUAUCUAAUAUAUGGCCAAUCAAGUUCUAUGCAAAUUGAGCCAUCAAUUAGUGUGGAAGUUAAAGCAUCUAGUCAAGUACAAAUGGAGCCAUUACCUGAACUGGAAGUGCAACCAUCAUCUAAUGUGAAAAAGGAGGCAUCGCCUGAAGAUAAAGUGCAGCCAUCAUUUGAUGUGAAGAUGGAUCCGUUAUCUCAACUGGAAGUGCAACCAUUAUCUAAUGUGAAAAGGGAUCCAUCACUUGAAGAUGAAGUGCAACCAUCCCCUAGCAUGAAGACGGAUCCAUUGCCUGGACUGGAAAUGCAACCAUCGUCUAAUGUGAAAAGGGAUCCAUCGCCUAUCAUCAAGAAUGACCCACUACGAAAGAGAAAUAACAAAAUAUUUGUAAGAUUUUCAAAGAAAGUGGGAGAAUGUUUAUGCUUGAAUCAGAAUAGAGGUCUCGACAAUUUUUAAUUGCGCAUACCUUUGUCCUAAUUAAGGAUUCCUUUGUAUGUGUCUUGCAAUAUUUUUCUGGGUAGGAGAAAUCCAUAUCAAUCUACUGCUUGUUACUGAAUUGAUCCCUGGUCAUAAGUAAUGGUUGUUCUGUCUUAGCCGGGUCAAUUGUAGUUGCAAUGGUGUCGAAAAGUUGAUUUGUUAAUGUGGUGGCGUUUAUGGACUCCUUUUGUAUUGAUUUAAGAACGGUACCUUUUGUAACAUUUUUCAUGUUCCAUUUGCAUUUAUUUUAUACUAUGGCUCAAUUUUAUUGCAGAA